AUGGGAAGUGUAACAAGUGCACCUAGUCAUGAUAAACAUGUCUAUCCGAAGAACAAUAACUCUAUAGAACCUUUGAGCCGUUCAUAUUCAAAUGUUGAACUACCAAGUGUAACUCCUGUAUCACGAUCUCAAUCAAUUCAAACAUUAUCUGCUCCAUUAAUAGUGGACUCUGUUUCAGAUCUGAUUGAUAGAAUUUCAUCUAGACUAAAUAAGAACUAUAGAAUCGUGAAAUAUUUGGCCUUAGCAUGCCCUAAGGACUAUUAUUUGAACAAACAGAAUACCUAUGAAGAAAAUACUUAUGUUAAAAAAGAUGAGAAGUUUAAGUGGUUAAAUUUAUUUUCACACAAUUUAAGAUAUAGUGGAUAUGAUUUACAGACUGGAGACAAAAAUUCUGAAAUAUUAGAUACUGGGAAUGAAACUGGAGCACUAAAUCCCAGCUCUAAGCAACACUGUUUAGGAUCUACUUGCCAGUUUAAAGGCCACAGCUUAUAUGAAGAUAGUAAAUUAUAUGUAGUAUAUGGUCACUUAAAUAAUCAUAAACCAUUUUUAUCUCCAGGGAUUAUCGAUACAUUUUUACCUUUUAUUUUAGAUGAGACAUUACUAACUUGUUUUACAGUAUGUCCUCACUGGUUUCUAACAUUGGUAUGUCACAUGAACCAAGUAUAUAGUCAUCUAAUUGAUGAUCAAUUUAAGGAAAAUUAUAAAGGAUAUUUAGAACUUGAACAUGCAACAGUUACAAUGCAACCUGUUUUAACAGUAUGUGGAAGUGUUCGGAUUGAUCGUGUUUUGUAUGCAAAAGUACUUAAAUCUUGUGCUAAGAAGUGUGUAACAAUAGCUUACAACUUUAAAUAUGAUAAAAACUCAGAUUCAGCGUUAAAUAAAUAUUCUAAAGUGAAUGACAGGUCUCUGUCAAAUAAAAAGAGACAGUCACUAUUUGGUUUGAUUAUCAGUCCAGUAAAAUCAUCAGAUAUAAAUGAAGCAUAUUUAUCAAUUUAUAAAUUUGAGGCCCUCUAUACGGGUACUCGCAGAAAACAAUGGGCCCAUAAAGAUAUAUCUCGUUGCCACAGUGAAGAGGUGUGUGUUGCUCAAACAACAAUGAUUCCAAGUGUUAAUGUUGGAGAUCGUAUAGAAAUUGCAGUUAAUCUAAGCAAUUCCUUUGGUGUGGUCAAUAUCAAAUCAAUCGAGUUUCAGCCCAUUUCAUUUGAAACUAUAAAGUCUGAAAAUUGUGAAGUAGAAGAUCUCUACCCAAAUACUUCUGAUUGGAGUUCAAUUGACAAUCAAAAUGAAGUUGUAGAAAGUUUCCAUAUUCCAGACUUCUCUCCAAAUCUUAUAAUAACAGAUACUGAAUAUGCUGGGACAGAUUUAGUUACUUGCAGAGUACACUACAAGGCAGUUAAAUGUGGAGAAUUAAGUAAUGCAGAGAAGAUAUUUGGGAUCGACAUUGUAGUACUACCACGAGACUAUGCUAUAAUAUGCCCUCUGAAGCGCAUUGGUCUGCAGCACGAUAGAUAUAGCCCACUUCAAAUUCGGAUAGAUGACACAAUAGUUCUAUAUAUCACAAAAGGUGGUGCAAUCCCUGAAUAA